GUGAAAGUCUGGUUCCAGAACCGACGGACGAAGCACAAGCGGAUGCAGCAGGAAGAAGAAGCGAAGGCGCAACAGCAAUCCGGCGGCAGUGGCGGCGGAGGUGGCGGAGGCGGCGGAGGCGGGGGUGGGAACGCGAACAACAACAGCAACAACAAGAACACGCAUCACGUGAGCAAGUGGCAGCAGGAGACCGGUGACUACCACCACGAGGAGGAGGAGGAAGAGGAACACAUCGAUCCGGAGGCGGAGGAGUGCUCGAGCGGCUCCGAGGCGUAGCUAGACGUUCUCUGCCUGGACUUAGACGCCAGGAGUCCCGUCUGAUCGACGAGAACGCCGACCGAUCGGUCCCGAUGCAGUCGAGAACUGUACCGCGGAUCGAUGGGAUCGCGAUCCUGGCAGAGAACCAGCGGCGACCAACGCCAGAAAACAGAGCCGCGAGAACGGCUGGAAUCGCGCGACAGUUACGGAAAGCGGGCGGACACA